GGACCGAUGAUCUUCUUCGAGAUUGGAAGCCCUGGAUUCUGCCUGAGGAUUCGGUUUCCUUGACAGAAUCUAGCGGAGAUCAAGACCUGGUUUUAGGGACUCACCGCACAUUAUGUGGGCAUGAAAACAAGCAAAAAGUGAGUCUUUUCCCAAUAUAUGUUUCUUCCAGCAAACAAAAAUGGCUGCGGUUAAGCUAUAUGGCACGGGCUAUGGAAUCAAUUUGUCAAUUGGGAGAAAAUUUAAAGUCUCAAUUAAAGGUUCUAUUAGAGGUUUGUUCAAGGCAAAGGAGUGGCAUUUGUCGGGUUUUAGGGUUGUGGAUGAGCGCAGAUGAAGAAACUUCUUCUUUGUUCUUGGUCUGUGAGAGAUUCAACCAGACUUUAACUGGUGUACUAAACGAAGAAGGAAGGUGGAGAUUAGGAUUGGAGACCGCCGAAAAGUUUGGUUUAGGGAUGCUUGUAAUGGAGUUAUGUGAAGUGGUUAUGAAUUUUCAUUCCAGAGGUGUUGUAUUUGGUUGCUUGGGGCUGGAUUGUUUUUCAUUUGACAUGUACGGGCAUUAUCUUCUUGAUUUGAAUAAUGUUUUGGUUAAAUCGAAGAUAUUAUACAAGGAGAUUGAAUACUUUGACAAGGCUCAAGGAUGCCUAAGCCCUGAGGUGUUUCUUGCAUUGCAUGGGGGAAAUUUUUCUUUCGAUCGUGGUUCGGAUGUUUGGUCUUUGGGUUGUAUGUUGUCCAUGAUUAUUAUUGGAGAUGCAGAGCUUGCUACAGAGUUGUUUGAAGAUUCCAAGUGCCUACUUUUGAAAGGUAACUCUGAAAUGUUUGCUGAUUCAUGCUUGAGUCAGUAUGAGGUUUGGAGGGAGAAGGUGACAUCUAAAUUAGAAGCCUUGUUGACGGGAACAAAGCUUGAUCCUUUGUUUCCAGUACUCUCGUCUUGCUUACAGUAUCACAUAGAAAGUCGGUCCAAAGUCAGAGAUAUAUGGUACUGCAUUAGGAGACAUUUUGGUGCAGUUCCCACUGACAAUGUCACUUGCGAUGAAAUUAAAGAAAAAGAAUCUAAAUACGAGUUAGUAAGCUGCUUAUUUAUUGGUAGCAUGGGUUAUGUGCCUAAAGUAACUGGUGGGGUUACACAGCAACUAGAUGAUGCCAUCGUCUCAGAAAAUGUAUCCGAAGUGGGGUUGGCUGGAAGCAGAGCUACAAAUGCGGAUAAACUGCAGCAGGAGGAAGUAGAUGGAGAUUCUGCCAAGAGUCUGCUUGAUGGAACUUUUCAAUUUGAUGUACUUCAAGGACACCAUGACUGCAUUACAAGCUUAGCAGUUGGAGGUGGAUAUUUGUUUAGCUCCUCAUUCGAUAAAACGGUCGGUGUGUGGUCCCUGCAGGAUUUUUCUCAUAUAAAAUCUCUAAAAGGUCAUGAGCACCGUGUCAUGGCUAUGGUUGUAGUGGAUGAACCAGAACCCCUUUGCAUAAGUGGUGAUAAUGGAAGUGGCAUUUUCUUGUGGAGAAUUGGUACCUCUGUUGGGGAAGAGCUGGUACAGAAAUGGUAUGAACAUAAUGAUUGGCGCUACAGUGGUAUUCACUCCUUGGCCAUUUCAGGAGAAUAUCUAUACAGUGGAAGUGGAGAUAAGUCAAUUAAAGCAUGGUCUUUGCAGGAUUAUUCUCUUGUAUGCACAAUGACAGGUCAUAACUCCACUGUAUCUUCGUUAGCAGUGGCUAAUGGAGUUCUUUACAGCGGAAGUUGGGAUGGAACAAUUCGGUUAUGGUGCCUUAGUGAUCAUAGCCUUCUGUCAGUAUUAGGGGAUGAUACUAAAGGAGCCAUUGUCCCCAUUCUCUCACUUUCUGUGAAUCGCCAUUUUCUUGUGUCUGCCUAUGAGAAUGGAAGCAUAAAAAUCUGGAAGGAUGAUGCUUUUGUGAGAUCAGUGCAAAUUCAGGAUGGUCCAGUACUUGCAGUGCACAUGAAUAUGCAGUGGCUGUUUACUGGAGGAUGGAAUAGAUCCAUCAAUGUACAGGAGCUGACAGAGAAUGAAUUACAGAUAGACAUCAAACCUGUUGCUUCUAUUACCUGUGAUUCUGUCAUAGCUUCCUUAAUUUCUUGGCGGGGAAAGCUCUUUGCUGGAUUCUCUAACAAGGAAAUUAAGGUCUUCUAUUAUGGAACCAAAUGAAUGUAGUUAUUUGAUCUGCCUGUAGUGUGCUCAACCUUGUGAUAUAUGCUGCUCCAAAUUACUGUUUGUGCCAUGUUACUUGCUGCAUCCAAAUUACUGUAAAAGGAAUAGCAGACUUGGUGAAAAUGAGACUGUUUUAAAUAAGUGGCUACGGGCAUGUAUUUUGAAAUAUACACAGCCUUCU